AUGCAAUUUUCCUCCAUCGUUACCGUGGCCAUUGCUGCCCUCCUGACCGCUCCCUCUCUGGCCUGCAAAUGCUACGUGAACGGCAACCGUGACGACGGACGUACCCAUUCCUGCUGUGACAGGUUCCGCGGCGUUUUCUGGUAUGGCAAUGAUUGCAAGGCGGGAUCCAUCUCUGAGCACCUCUCCGACUUUCGCAAUUGCUGCGGCGGGUCGUCCGACUGCGACUAUCCCGGUUUGGCCUUGGAGGAGACCGAAGUGGAUUAUGUCAAGACCAUCGUUGCUUUCCCUACUGCCGGGGCAUCCAACUAG